CAAAUGUUGCAGUUAAAAAAUCAAAUAAAAACAAAAAGUGAACAAAAAUUAUCUGUGUGGAAAUACUACGAGAUAAUGUACUAACAAAUGGAAUACUAUAAUCAAUAAAACAAAUCAAAUUGGAUUAUCGCCCAGCUGCUGGGAACUUGCCACCAAGAUGAUGAUGACCUUGCCACCGUUUGGCUGGUUCCACUUUCUCCAGCUUCCUUUGCACCGAUCGACGUAGAACCCCCACGGAAUGCCACAGAGAGGGGAAACGCAAUAAAAGCACCAGCCACUGCCAUUAGUAGUCAUACAUCAGAUAUAUAGACAUAGCUUAAAAAAACAUAUAUAUAUACAUAUAUAUAUAUACAUAUAUAUAUAUAGAUUUGGCCCUGCGUCUUGUUCUUCGUGAUUUCGUCGCUGUCAGCGUUCGACGCCGACUGAGACGAGAACAGCGAAGCAACGAGAGCACAGCGAAAGCCUCACCACGGACGCAUUUAUGGAUGCGGGCGGCCUGCCAGUCUUCCAAGCCAGCCAAGCAGCCGCAGCCGUCGCCCAGCAACAACAGCAACAGCAACAACAACAGCAGCAUCAGCAUUUGAAUCUCCAAUUGCAUCAGCAGCACUUGGGCCUACACCUGCAACAGCAACAGCAACUGCAACUGCAACACAAUGCACAGGCGCAGCAGCAGCAGCAGCAGAUACAAGUGCAACAACAACAGCAGCAACAGCAGCAGCACUCUCCCUACAAUGCCAACCUGGGAGCAACAGGAGGCAUUGUCGGCGGCCUUGUUGCUGGCGGCAACGGAACUGGCGGCCCUCCAAAUCCAGGAGUCAGCCUCGGACCCAACAGUGGGGGCGGCGGCCCAUCGCCAAGCGAUGCCCUGCCUCCCAAGCGACAGCCCAUUGUGGACCGAUUGCGACGCCGCAUGGAGAACUAUCGACGAAGGCAGACGGACUGCGUGCCGCGAUUCGAGCAGGCCUUCAGCACCGUCUGCGAGCAGCAGAACCAGGAGACCACCGCCCUGCAGAAGCGCUUCCUCGAGAGCAAGAAUAAGCGGGCGGCCAAGAAGACCGACAAGAAGCUGCCCGAUCCCCAGCAGCAUCAGCAGCAGCAGCAGCAACAACAGCAACAACAUCAGCAGCAACAUCAACAACAGCAGCAGCAGCAGCAGCAUCAACAGGCGGCACAGACGAUGUUAGCCGGACAACUGCAGAGCAGUGUUCAUGUGCAACAAAAAUUCCUUAAACGACCAGCGGAGGAUGUUGACAAUGGCGCCGAGAACUUUGAGCCGCCGCAUAAGUUGCCCAACAACAACAACAACAAUAGCAACAGCAACAACAACAACGGCUCGAAUGCCAACAACAAUGGGAACAACAACGGCAACAGUGGCAGCAACAACACCGGCAACAGCGGCAACAGCAACAACAACGGCUCUGAGAAUCUAACCAAAUUCUCAGUGGAAAUCGUCCAACAGCUGGAGUUCACGACCUCUGCGGCCAAUUCGCAGCCGCAGCAGAUUAGCACGAAUGUCACAGUGAAGGCCCUGACCAACACCUCAGUGAAGAGCGAACCAGGUGUGGGCGGCGGCGGUGGUGGUGGUGGCGGUGGUGGUGGAAACGGAGGAGGUGGCAACAACGGAAGCGAUCAGCAGCAGCAGCAGCAACAUCAUCCGCAGCAACAGCAACACCAACAACACCAACAGCAGCAGCAGCACCAACAACACCAACAACACCAGCACCAACAAGGCAGCGGACUGGGUGGCCUCGGCAAUAAUGGGCGUGGCGGGGGUCCUGGCGGAAUGGCCCAGGGACCCGGCGGUGGCGGACUCGGUGGCCUUGGAGUCGGCGUCGGAAUGGGCAUGGGACCCAACAUGAUGUCCGCACAACAGAAGUCGGCCCUCGGCAAUCUGGCCAAUCUGGUGGAGUGCAAGCGGGAGCCCGACCACGACUUCCCCGACCUAGGCUCGUUGGACAAGGACGGGGGCAAUGGCCAGUUUCCCGGCUUUCCCGAUCUCCUGGGCGAUGACAACUCGGAGAACAACGACACCUUCAAGGAUCUCAUCAACAAUUUGCAGGACUUCAAUCCCAGCUUCCUCGACGGCUUCGACGAGAAGCCGCUACUGGACAUCAAGACGGAGGACGGCAUCAAGGUGGAGCCCCCGAAUGCCCAGGACCUCAUCAACAGCCUGAAUGUGAAGUCUGAGGGCGGUCUGGGGCAUGGCUUUGGGGGCUUUGGCGUCGGAAUGGGCAUGGAUAAUCAGGCCAUGAAGAUGCGCGGCGCCGGUGUUGGUGUUGGUGGCGGCGGCUUCCCCAAUGGCCCCAACGGUGGCGUGGUUGGUGCAGGAGGCGGAGGCGGCGGAGGACAAGCUUCUGGUGGCGGAAAUCUCAUGUCGGAGCAUCCGCUGGCCGCCCAGACACUCAAGCAGAUGGCCGAGCAGCAUCAGCACAAGAGUGCCAUGGGCGGCAUGGGUGGCUUUCCCCGUCCCCCGCAUGGCAUGCAGCCGCAGCAGCAGCAACAGGCCCAGCAACAGCAGCAGCAGGCCCAACAGCAGCAGCAGCAGCAUGGCCAGAUGAUGGGGGGCCCUGGUCAGGGUCAGCCCGGCCGCUACAACGACUAUGGGGGUGGAUUUCCCAACGACUUUGGCCUGGGUCCCAAUGCCCCACAACAACAGCAGCAGCAGCAGCCUCAGCAGCAGCAUCUGCCGCCGCAGUUCCACCAGAAGGGUCCUGGGCCAGGCGCCGGUCCCGGUCCGGGCAUGAAUGUCCAGCAGAACUACCUGGACAUCAAGCAGGAGCUCUUCUAUUCCUCUCAAAACGAUUUCGAUCUCAAGCGCCUGCAGCAGCAGCAGGCCAUGCAGCAGCAACAGCAGCAGCAGCAGCAACAACAUCACCAGCAACAGCAGCAGCAGCACCCCAACCCGAAUGGCCCCAAAAUGGGGGGUGUGCCCAACUUCAGCAAGCAGCAGCAGCAGCAACAGGUGCCACAACAACAGCAGCAAUUGCAGCAGCAGCAGCAGUACUCGCCUUUCAGCAAUCAAAAUGCAAAUGCUGCAGCCGCCGCCGCUGCCGCCGCCAACUUCCUCAACUGUCCGCCUCGUGGCGGUCCCAAUGGCAACCAGCAGCAGCAGCAGCAGCCCGGAAAUCUGCCCCAGCAGCAACAGCAGAAUCAGCAGCAGCAGCAGGGUGGCGGCCCACAGGGUGGUCCCCAGCAGCAGCAGCAGCGUGGCGGCAAUGGACAGCAGCAGAACAAUCCCAAUGCCGGGCCCGGUGGCAAUGCGGCGCAGCAGCAGGCGACCACAACAACGCUGCAGAUGAAGCAGACGCAGCAGCUGCACAUCAGCCAGCAGGGUGGAGGAGCGCACGGCAUUCAGGUGUCGGCUGGUCAGCAUCUGCAUCUGAGUGGUGACAUGAAGAGCAAUGUCUCCGUGGCCGCCCAACAGGGCGUCUUCUUCAGCCAGCAGCAGGCCCAGCAGCAGCAGCAGCAACAGCAGCAACAGCAGCAGCAGCCUGGCAACGGUGGACCCAAUCCCCAGCAGCAGCAGCAACCGCAUAGCGGCAAUGCUGGGGCUGGAGUGGGCGUCGGAGUGGGCGUGGGCAAUGGCGGACCCAAUCCCGGACAGCAGCAGCAGCAGCAACCAAAUCAAAAUAUGAGUAACGCAAACGUACCCUCCGAUGGCUUCUCGCUCUCCCAAAGCCAAAGCAUGAGCUUCAGCCAGCAGCAGCAGCAGCAGCAACAACAACAGGCAGCAGCAGCGGCGGCGGCAGCAGCAGCUGCCCAGCAGCAACAGGCAGCCGCCCAACAGCAGCAGCAGCAGGUGCCACCCAAUAUGCGGCAGCGUCAGACCCAGGCGCAGGCUGCAGCUGCAGCAGCGGCGGCAGCAGCAGCGCAGGCGCAGGCAGCGGCAAAUGCAAACGGUCCCAAUGUUCCGCUCAUGCAACAGGGACCCCAGGGCCCGGGCGUGGGCGUUGGGGUUGGCGUGGGCGUGGGCGUCGGCAAUGGAGGCGGCGGAGGCAUGCCUAGCAAUGGGCCCGCCGGUGGACCUAGCAACGGUGCAAUGAAUCAGAUGGGAGGACCGAUGGGCGGCAUGCCGGGCAUGCAGAUGGGCGGACCCAUGAACCCCAUGCAGAUGAACCCGAAUGCGGCUGGUCCCAAUGCCCAGAUGAUGAUGGGCGGCGGCGGAGGCGGAGUGGGGCCAGGUCCCGGCCAGGUUCCUGGUCCAGGGCCUAACCAGGCCAAGUUCCUGCAGCAGCAGCAGAUGAUGCGCGCCCAGGCCAUGCAGCAGCAGCAGCAGCACAUGUCCGGCGCGCGUCCGCCUCCUCCGGAGUACAAUGCCACCAAGGCGCAGCUGAUGCAGGCCCAGAUGAUGCAGCAGACGGUGGGUGGGGGCGGUGUUGGUGUGGGCGGGGUCGGAGGAGUGGGCGGUGGAGGAGGCAACGGUGGUGGGCGCUUUCCCAACAGCGCUGCCCAGGCGGCGGCCAUGCGCCGCAUGACUCAGCAGCCGAUUCCUCCUUCGGGACCGAUGAUGCGGCCCCAGCACGCGGCCAUGUACAUGCAGCAGCACGGCGUUGCUGGCGGUGGUCCGCGUGGCGGAAUGGGUGGUCCGUACGGCGGCGGUGCAGGCGGACCCAUGGGUGGGCCCCAGCAGCGGCCCCCCAAUGUCCAAGUGACGCCCGACGGCAUGCCCCUAGGAUCGCAGCAGGAAUGGCGGCACAUGAUGAUGUCCCAGCAGCAGUCGCAAAUGGGCUUCGGCGGUCCCGGACCCGGCGGCCCCAUGCGGCAGGGCCCAGGCGGUUUCAAUAGUGGAAACUUCAUGCCCAACGGAGCCCCUAAUGCGCCUGGCAGCGGACCCAAUGGCGGAGGCGGCGGCAUGAUGUCCGGCCCGAAUGUGCCGCAAAUGCAACUGACUCCGGCACAGAUGCAGCAACAACUGAUGCGCCAACAACAACAGCAACAGCAGCACAUGGGACCCGGUGCUGGCGGCAACAUGCAGAUGCAACAGCUCCUGCAGCAGCAGCAGUCGGCGGCCGGCGGCAACAUGAUGGCCAGCCAGAUGCAAAUGUCCAGCAUGCACAUGACCCAGACGCAGCAGCAGAUCACCAUGCAGCAGCAGCAGCAGUUUGUCCAGAGCAGCACCACGACCACGCACCAGCAGCAGCAACUGCUGCAGAUGCAGGGCCAGGGUCAGGGCGGCGGUCCGGGAUCGGCUAGUAAUAACAACGGAGGCGGCGUCGGCGUUGGUGCAGGUGGGGUGGGAGCGGUUGGUGGCAACGCAUCCAGCACAAUUGCCAGCGCCAGCUCGAUAAGCCAGACGAUCAACUCGGUGGUGGCCAACUCGAAUGACUUGUGUCUCGAAUUCCUUGACAACCUGCCGGUGGACAGCAAUUUCUCCACGCAGGAUCUGAUCAACUCCCUCGACAACGACAACUUUAAUCUGCAGGACUUCAAUAUGCCGUAGAUUCGUUGAAGUAGUCUCCAUCAUCCACCACCAGCAUCCACCACCAGCAUCCACCACCAGCACCACCACAUUGUUGCCUCAGUUUUGUUCACAAUUUUUGUUUUGUUGCCUAUUGUUGUUAUUGGUCUUGGCCAGCCUCAUCCCAAAACUGAACCGAACCCCCCGCCCCUGGCCCAUGCACAUGCCCAUGCCCCGUCCCUGCCAAUGAAGUUAAUUUGUUUGUUAAUUGUGUGUGUGAAUUAAUACCCACUCGUGCGGGUGUACGAGUAUACCUAAGCUAAGUUCCGUUCGUCUAUGUACUAUAAUUUCUAGUUUCACGCUGGCUCCACUGUAUCACAUGGAAGCGAUUGUAUUAUCCGAGCUGCACAAAGUCCAAGGUGCAGGGCGUACGGACACUGGGCGUGGCAGCGGCUAGAGUUCGCAAGACAUUCCAUAUAACCAAUAUGCCAGGCCAUCAACUGAGGAAAAUCAAAAAGUAUUCACAAGUACUUUAAAAUCAACCAAUACUCGCAAUAGGAGCGACAUGCCACGCCACCAAAACACUUAAGCACUUGUACUUAAUGCAAAUGUUUGUGCCACGCCCAGUGGUGCCAAGUGCGCCGCCCCCACUUCAUUUGAUUACUUAAGCAAAAGCCACAAGAAAAAAUACAUACAAAUUUAUAACAAGUAACAAAGAACUUAAAACUAAAAACAA